AUGUCAUAUUUGCAGGGAUCUUUACCAAUUUAUUCCAGCAGGAUUGCUGUGAGUGUGGUCGACAAUGUACUUCUUAUUCAUCAAGUUGAUGCAAAGGUUGUUAUACUUUAUGAUCUCUUUGCAGAUUCCCGAGCACCAAUAUCCGCACCACUUCCUUUAUUGUUAAGGGGUUUCCCCAGGCCCAGGUCUUCAUCUCAAUUUAAUGGUAGAGAAAGUGAAAGUUCAGAUGUUAAUGUUGUGAGUAGCCAUGAAGCAGUUACGUAUACGGAUACAUGGAAUUUCCUAGUCCCUGAUUUUGUGUGCGAUGUGGCCAAUAAGUUAUUAUGGAAAUUCAAUUUAGACUUAGAAGCAAUUUCUGCCAGUAACUCAGAUGUCCCAUCAGUAUUAGACUUCCUGCAGCGGCGAAAGUUGGAAGCUAACAAGGCUAAACUAUUGUGCUUGGAUAUAACACAGACACUUAUUCUAGAGCACAGACCUGUGCAUGUGGUUGCCAAGGCUAUAAAUGUACUAGUUACCUCGUUCUCCCAUUCAAUUAAAACUUGUAGCUUACUGAAGGGGCUGAAACCAGAGAUGACAUUUAACUCUGGUGCACAAAAUGCUGACACUGAUGUAUCUGCUAUAGAAAGAGAUGCAAUUGGGAAAUCAAUCAUACAUGAAUCUACCACUAGAGUUGACAGCGGAACUUUGGAUUCUGAGGAUGAAUCACAGCUUGCAAAUCUUAAACACGGUUCAAAGCAGGCCCAUGUUGAGGGUAGUGUAAACAAUGAGAACUCCCCUCGUAACGAAGCUCAUAGUUCUUAUGCUAUGCAAUCAUCUUUAAUUUCUGCGCAAGAGGAAUCCCAACUUACUUCAGCGGCAAUUUCACCAGAUGAGAUGUACAACUUUGUCUUUUCUCCUGUUGAUGAAGAGAUGGUGGGAGACCCUUCUUACUUGGUUGCUAUAAUUAUUGAGUUUCUUCACAGUGCAAAUUUGGAAAAGAUUCGUGUGCUCCCAAAUCUAUAUGUAUUGAUAAUUCAACUUCUGGUGCGGAAUGAACGAUAUGCAGAAUUGGGGUUGUUUAUUGUAAAUAAGAUUUUGGAGCCCUCUAAGGAAGUUGCACUGCAACUCCUGGAGUCUGGACGUCAGAAUACCCAAACGAGGAAGCUUGGUCUGGAUAUGCUGAGACAGCUUGGCUUACAUAAUGAUUAUGUAUUGCUGCUAGUGCAAGAUGGAUACUACCUUGAAGCCCUGCGAUAUGCACGGAAGUACAAGGUGGAUACCAUCCGCCCGUCAUUGUUUUUAGAAGCAGCUUUCGUAUCCAAUGACUCCCAACAUCUUGCUGCAGUUCUAAGAUUCCUUACAGAUUUCCUUCCUAGCUUCAAAAACACCUCAGAGCAUAAUAGAUACUACCGCAUACUGAACGAGAUGAACUCUUCAAUGUCUGUUUGA